GAUGUCGAGAGCGUGACGAGUGUAGCGGAUAGUUAUGGAAAGAUUUCUGUAGAUAUUUAUGUUGGUACAGUGAAAAAACAAGUUACAAACAGUGCAUUUUAUAGUUCACAACCGUCUUGACCCAAGCAAAGACACCAUCGUGGAAAGCGUUCAGAAUGUAGACAGCAGCUUGAUCAAGGUCAACUCUUAACACCAUCGUGGAAAGCGUUCUGAAUGUGGACAGCAGCUUGAUCAAGGUCAACUCUUAACAUCAUCGUGGAUUAUUAGCAUUGUUUUGUGGACUUUUUCAGGUAUGCUGAUGGACUAAUUGGUGAUUGAGGGUGAAGGAUGGAUGGGGGCAAUGACUUGGAGAGCCUGCUGGCCUCUCUCCAGCAAAAAUCUGUACCUCAGCCGCCCCUGCGCGAUGGGGCUAUGUCCCUCAGUGAUCAAGAGGUCUACUACUUCUUCAAGGAUCCUAGCAAUGAGGAGUACUACGUGACGAAUUCCCUGUCCUGCCUGGAACUAGACGAUUCCAAGAACUCAUGUGCGAAAGAGACUAUUGCUGCAGUAGCACCCUCCUGUGUACUGGAUACAAUUAACUCGUUGCCGGUUGAACAGGGAGUCCGCAACACUCCCCUGCCAGCAUUUCAGACAGACAAUACUCCGCAGAGUGACAGAAAGAUCAGUGAUGAUCCUGCGGAAGUGCCUCUCGAGGUUCUUUUGGGAUAUUUGUCACAGGGAAAGUCUGGCCCCUCUGAAAAACAGGUUAUCACUGCAGACCCUACAUGUGCACCACUGAUAUCUGAAGACUCGGUUUAUAUGGACAGUAUUUGCGGGGUGGAGAGCAAUCUGUCAGAUUUCAUCCCAGACAAGUCUCUUGAGGUGGAUGAUUUGUACUCCAAUUUGAAGCAGGUCGGGCUUGUGACAUCACCUAUUAAGCAGCCAAUGUAUUCUGUGGCGGGGGCAGUAGUAGACAGUUGUCCAGUUAGCCCAGGGCUGAAUCGAUCAGGUUUUGUAACCAGUCCUAUUAUGAAGCAACCUGACAAACAAGCCAGGAGGAAACAUAAAAAUGCCGACAGGUCACAAGUGCCAAAAACUAAAAGUGUAAAAAAAAGUGUUACAAAGACUAAACGUGGUACAAAACCACCUAAACCAGCAAGGAAGCAAAAAGAGUUUCCUGCGAUGAAAAAGGCACUUAAACAUGACACCAUUGCCCAAAACUUUCAACAAAAUACUGAUGACGAUACAUGGUCAGUACCAAAGUAUAAAGUGCCCAGCAAAAAGUGUAAGUGUCAUAAAGUUCAGACACUAAUAAGCCCAUUUCAACAGAAUGCUGUGGAAUUGUGUAAUUAUGAAGUUUCCCCAAACCACAGGAAAGUGAUUUAUGGCACAGUGGCUUUGAACGCAUUCAUGCGAAGAAACAAGAAUUAUGUGAGCACUGCAGAACUGCUGCAGAGGAAAAUAAUCCGGAUGCCAGCACGACAACUCCAUAGGAUUGCCGUCAGGUUGAAUAUUGUUACCCUUCCGGCUACAGAGGAGGAACUUAAUACCCUCAAGAUAUUACACGCUGUUGCCUGGCAGACAAGAAAUAACGAGUUAAUUCCCUGUACGAGUUUAAGGCGCCUGGCAAAGUACAUUCACACUGGACUUGGUAUGGGAGGAAGGGAAUUGUUAAGCAUAUUUAAGUGCUCUCUUCAGAUUGUCAAUCCUUGGGAAUCCAGUACCAGUAGCUCUCUGACCUCAGAAGGAGACAGCUCUGAACAGGCUGAAGUCAUCACAGAAUCAAACAAAUUGACAUUGCCUUCGGUUGGGGAAACACUGAAGCUGCCAGAUAGAAUGGGCAGGAAAGUUGGUGUUGGAGUUGAUGUGGAUGUAUCAAUACCCAAAUCUGCUCCAAAAGUGAUAAGUAAGUUUGUUCACUGCAACUGUUGUAUGCAUCACAGUGACCCAGUCCCCACCUCUGCUGCUGUCACCACCCCAGCAGCACACCCGCACCCACCCCUGCACCCACCCCCACAGUAACAAAGCCAGUUCUUUACGCAACUGGUCCACUUCCUAGAGGGCAGUUUACCUUGUCAGACUCAGGAGUCAUGCAUGAUUUCCUCAACAAGUUGGGGAUUGACACCAGAACUAAUGUGACUGCUCUUGUCAGUUUUCCCUACUGCCCCGACAGGGGCUGGGCCAGGCACUGGAGGUGUGAAGGAUGGCAAAAGUGGUGGUGUGAAUGUGCAAAGAACUUCACCAGACAGUACGUCAUGGAAUAUAGAGCCAAAUCCUCAACCUAAGCCUCAACCCAACCCUCAGCCUGAUCUGCUUCAGUACACAGUAGAUGCUGUCUUUGGAAAGGAUAACUCUGGACUGACGUCUCCAGAUAAGGCUGUCACAACAGAAUGCAGCGAUGUCCCGUCUACAAGCCCCCCCUACUCUAUUGUUGUCAGUGCUGACAAUUCUUCUCAGAAGAUCUCGGUUUUUCCAUCUCACCCUGUGGCAACUGGACAUACCAUUGGUUUGUCUUCUCCAAACUUUUCCGAUGGAUCUACAUGUAGCAGCUCUACACGUAUUCCGAUUCAGAAAGUUUCCUGUCCCCAAACUGUAGGAAAAGACUCUCGUGUUACUGCACAGAAUCAGAAACAUUGCCCAUCAAUGCAGACAUUUAAGAAGGCAAAACUGAAUAAACCUUGUAAACAACCAGGUGUCCCUUGCAGAAAUGUACAGAGUAAAAAGACAGGUAAACAUAGUGGUUCUGGGGCACCUGAUCUGCUCAUACCUCCUGUAGUUCAAGCAAGGGAAGCACCUGUCAGAACUAAUACAUGUAUGUCAUCUGGUGACUUGGCAUUUGAAAAAGAACCUGUUGAGAAUCCGGGUUCUCUAGCGAAACCCAAAGCGAAAGUAAUAUUUACUCCACAGCUGCCUGUAGCUGAGGGCUUAAUCCAAGCGAUUGAUGUUGAUGAAACUAUUUACCCUCCAACCUGUGGAAAAGAACAAGUCUCCUUAAAGGAACACAAUUUGCAGGCCAUCAGUACGACAAGCCCUCUACCUGUGGAAGAUCAAAAUUCUGGUACUUCACAGAGCUGUCAAACUCGCCUUACUGAAGGCAGCUUGGUUGAUGGGGGAAAGACAAAGCAUUCAUUGAAUACCAAUGAGAAUGCAUGCUUGGAGUGGAGGUCAGGCUGUAAACAGCGAAAUGGCCUUGAAAUUCCAUGUGACACUGCCUCAAGGUCACUUGGCUCAUUUGCAGACAACUCCUUUUCCAUGUUGGAGGAUGCCUUGAUCACUGCUGCAAAACAGUCAGCUGCCAAUGAAGCUUCACCUGAUAGUGGUGUUUCGCUGGGGCAAUCCGACACCUUCUUUCCAGAGAUGACAGCUAUUUCUACAAGCAGUCCAUCAUCAGUUCAUAUUCCAUCCAGUGUUAAUACUACAGUUGAAGACUUACGCCAUAUCCCAACAAAGAUGAUCUUAGCAGAAGGUUCUGGGAAAACUCCAAGUGUUGGUGAUGAUGUAGAACAUGGAGCAGAGCAUGCAGAACUAAUCGGCUUCUCCCCAGACGGACAAAACGGUCCAGAAACAAAAGUUGUCUGUGAAGAAACCGCUAAGCUAUGCCUAGCAGUUUCUGUUUCACCAGUAAAGGUUCUCGUUGAGUCUAGUCCUGCCAUAGAAGAAGUAGAAGUCAGUGAUAACAUGCAAGGAAGUAAGUGCCAAACAACUGGAGUUUGUGUGGAAACUCCUGUGUCUCUUGAGGCAAAUGUCCCAGCAGGUGAGCCUGUUGUAGCCGAGAUCAAGCUUCAGGAAUUGGCCGAUCAACAUGGACAUUUGAAUGGUCGAUCUGAAAAUGAUGCCCCUAGUCCAUCUGCUAAGAUUUUGAAUGAGGCCCUUAGUCCAUCUGCUAAGAUUUGCAAUGAUGCCCCUAGUACAUCUGGCAAGGUUUGCAGUGAUGCCCCUAGUCCAUUUGAUAACAUUUGCAAUGAUGUCCCUAGUAUAUCUUCUGAAAGUUGCAGCGAUGCCCUUUGUCCAUCUUCUGAGGUUCGCACAUGGCAGAAGUCAGCGGAGAAAAGAGAAACCUCAAUUGAUAGAAGUGAUAGGCUUACUAGACUAGUGGAGAAAAUUGUGGCUAUGCAGACGCCGGAGGGUUCAGGCUCUGCCUUGAAUUUUUUAGCAGACGCUGCAGAAGCUAUGUACUCUACAGAGAAUGAAGAUAAAUGCCCGAGUGCUGUGUUGAAAAGUCUACCUGAUUCAGCACGACGGCCCACUGCUGCCAUAGAGAAGAUGUGGAGGCCAUAUUUACCCAAGGUUAUAGUGGGAGGGAAUGGUUCCAUUAGGCUAAAUAUGGUACUGAUUGAAAACUCCCCAAAACAGGUCACUGUUGGAGAGUAAGAAUAAGCUGAAGUGCCUGUGUUACGUAUUUGCCCAUAUGAUAGCUCGUGAGGUCAAGUCUGGACACAUCAACUAUGUAGAACCUGCAUCGUCAGGAAAUGGUACAAGUAGGUUAAAACGGAGAAGAAAGUCGACACAGAGCUGUCUAGUGUCGUCUAACAAUGAUGUGAGGGAGCGUCACAAGAAAGCAGGUGCUGCUAAAAAGACUUCAGAAGGCCUUACACAUGUAACAGCAGCAGGUCAAGAGCUUGUAUCUUUGAGGGAACAACAAACUCAGCUUUGCCCUAAAAGUGUGCAGGUCUAUUUGGGUGGAAACAAAUUAAUCCAAGAAAUGUUAAAAAAUAAUGCAUCUAGUGUGCUACUUCCCCCAAGUGAUAGCUACGUGUAUAAUGAGCUUCUCUCUCAUCUGAUUUCUUCAGAUAGAUCCGAGACCAAGCCUGAAUGCUCCUGGGAUUAUCAGGAAGCCUGUAGUGACAGUGAAGUGCAGUUCAGGGUGUCAAGAAAUACUUGUGAACCUCCUAUUUAUGAUGACAACACAAGAAGCAGAAGAGUAAAGAAAGGCCAGAAAUUUGCUUGUGGCAAAAAGCCAUUCUCAAGACCACUCAGUCUUCCUGGAAAGAAUACCUGCAGAGAUUUCUGUGGAGGCAAGCCAAAUACUGUAGGUGACAAGCAUGCUAAACACGUUAUGUCACACUCCGUACCGUUAUCGUAUGCACAGAACUGUAACUAUCAGAAAACAAAUGCUCUGUCCAAAACGCCUUUCGUGGAUAUGACAGGAGUUGUAAAGUCGCUUUCUGAGCAAGGAGACAAAGCGAAGUCCACGGCUAAAAAGAGAAAAUACCUAAGCCUACCAAAAACAGCCAGGAAAGUUAAUAUGUGUUACACCAGUGGUGAAAUGAAUACCAUUUCUGUGGAAAAGGUGGCGAGAGUAAAAUUUUGUGAUAAAACAAUUCAUGUAACAAGAUGUCUUGAGAGUGCAGAGCCAUCCUUCAAUGUGGUAGCAGAGAACACUGAUGUCAGAAAUUCUCAGUCUCCUCCCUGGCAAGCGGACAAACCUAAGCCCACUGCCAGAAAGAGGAAACAAGCAAAGCUUUAUAAACCAGGAAAUGGGCAGCUAGCCAAUGGGGAUGCAAAUAUCUGGCCUGGGGAAAAUGCCAAUGCUUCUGAAGAAAGCAUGUUUGCCACCAAGUUCCCAGCAAGUGACAGGCCAUUUUACAGUCUUGCUACAGGGAACAUUGGGGUCAGAUUGGACAGGGCACAGAUGGUGAAUACGGCAGUGUCACAUGGGAAGGGCUUCAGAAAGGAACUUACUCAACCAUUCAUCACCACAGAUGCGGUAAAGGAAUCUGGGAAGGAGACGAACUUGUCAGCUCCUGUGGUGAAAAGGAAGGUGGGAAGGCCAAGGAAGAACAGACAGACAGAUUAAAGGGUAUACAUGUAUUAUCAUGAUGGGUAUACAUUUAUUAUCAUGAUAGGUAUAUAUGU